AUGGCAUGCACUUGUAACACUUCCUGCUCUGCUGCAUUGUCUCAACCACCCAGCCAGAACCUGCCCACCUCUGGGUUGGGAAAGCCUGUGUGCCAUAGCGCCAGGCUACUUGGAUGCAAUUCCGCCCCUCCUGCAGGUCCCUCUGCUGCUGGCCCCAUGGCCACAGCUUCACCUACAACUGCUGCCAGUGAGCAGCCUUCUGAAACUGCAGCCACCGAGCUGCUGGUCACCCUCGCUUCUGAGGCUCGUCCCUGCUUGGAACUGCUGUUCCUCGGUGGCAAUGAGGAGGAACUGUUGUUCCUUGGUGGUGAAGGGGAGGAACCAACGUUCCUUGAUAGUGAGGAGGAGGAAGAACGACAGGUGGUGGAGAUGGAAGUGGGGGAAUUGGAGGAGAAGGAGGUCAGCGAGACGGUAGAGGAACCUGCGGCUCGUCAUGCAAGGGUGAUGACUGAGGAGCACGAGUUGGAGUAUAGAGCACUGUUGGAGGCAUCAGAGACUCUGCCACCCACUGCCAAUGAGGUGGUGGAUGCCAUACUCGAACUCAGAUGUGAAGACAUGCCAGUGUUCAUUGAGAUGCCCACCUGGGUUACACUGCUGCUGGUUGUGUACCCAUCCACACCAUCACCUGCUCCUUCAAUUGUGGGGGAGCAUGUGCCCAACAACUGCAAGGUCACAUUGUGGGCAGAGUGA